GCGCGGCCUUCGUCACCUCAGCAGAGCCUACCCCGCGCAGACGCCAGGGGCCAGGGUGAGGCCCUGAGUAUGUUUGCGGUGUUCCGGAAGCCCAAGACGUUCAAGCUGCGGGCCCUGCACAGCCAGAGCAAGUUUGGGGUGGCGGGCAGGAGCUGCGAGGAGGUGCUGCGGAAGGGGUGCCUCCACCUGCAGCUCCCUAUUGCUGGCUCCCGCCUCUGCCUCUAUGAAGAUGGCACGGAGCUGACUGGAGAUUACUUCUGGAGCAUUCCUGACAACUCGGAGCUUGUGCUUCUCACCAAGGGCCAGACUUGGCAGGGCUAUGUGAGUGACAUCAGUCACUUCCUCAGCGUGUUCCACAAGCCGCACGAGGGCCUCAUCCAGGCCGCCCGGCAACUGCUCUCUGGCGAGCUGGCCCCGCUGCGGCAGAAGCUUCUGGUCGACCUGCUGCACACUGUCAGUGAGAACAUCGCGGCUGAGACCCGGGCCGAGGACCCGCCGUGGUUCGAAGGUUUGGAGUCCCGGUUUAGGAGUAAGUCCAGCUAUCUGAGAUACAGCUGCGAGAGCCGGAUCCGGGGCUACCUGAGAGAGGUGGGCGCUUACUCCUCCCUGGUCGGCGCCGAGGCUCAGGAGGAGUAUGUGCAGAUCGUCGAGGCCAUGUCCCGGAGGCUCAGGGCUAUGAGUUACAAUGGCAGCUACUUCGACAGAGGAGCUAAGGCAAGCCGGCUCUGCACGCCGGAAGGCUGGUUCUCCUGCCAGGGUCCUUUUGACGUGGACGACUGUGUGUCUAAGCACUCCAUCAACCCCUACAGCAACAGGGAGAGCCGGGUCCUCUUCAGCACCUGGAACCUGGACCACGUAAUAGAGAAGAAACGCACCAUUGUUCCCACGCUGGCUGAAGCGAUUAAAGAACAAGAUGGAAGAGAAAUAGACUGGGAGUAUUUUUACAGCCUGCUUUUUACCUCGGAGAAUCUAAAGUUAGUUCACAUUGCCUGCCAUAAGAAAACCAACCACAAACUCAGCUGCGACCCAGACAGAAUCUACAAACCCCUGACAAAGCCAAAGAGGAAGCGGCCUGCUAAAAAGUGCCCGUGACCUGGGCACACACCUUGACCUCACGCAUGGCCUGACAGUGUGUGGGUAAUUUUAAUAGGUGCUAAUUAAUUUUGGUCACUCCAGUAGUCUCUGGAAGAAAACUUAAAAAAAAAUCUUUCUACAAAUUCUGACUCCAGUAUCUUUCUGCCUCUGUCUUCUGCACCUCUGAGAGCCCAGCUGCCAGAGGCCCAGUGUGGUGUGCUCCCUGGCGCCUGUGCGUCCUGGGAGUGCCAGCUGGCAGGGUCGGGAACAGUCCCUGUGCUCAGGAAUCCUUUCCUCCUCUGACGUCACCACUGGUGUGUAUGCUCCUGUAGCGUCUCCAUCCUAAAACGGCCUCACGGCCAAACCUGGCCACUCUUGAGGGACCAGUUGUUUAUGCGCCAGCUCUCUGCUGCUGCGUUUCCAUCUGCCUUGGAGAGCUCCAUCCUCUGGACUCUUCUAAAUGCUCAAGAAACAGCUGUGACCCUUUUGGGGUAAAGUGUUGUACUCCAUAAAGAACAUACAAGGAUAGUCAUUGUUGUGUUAUUUCUAAUGCAUUCUUUAUAAUGGCAAAAGCAGAAAACUCUCCAAAUGUCUGUCUGUGGGGAAAGGCUGAUGGGGGCCUCCUGUUGAACCAUGUGAAACUGCUGUUUCUGUAGGUUAAAAAGGGUCAGACAUCACUGAUUUCAUGAUUCAACCUAAUACGUCUAUAAAAUGCAAAACUAUGUAGCAGUUUUAAGUGUUUAUGUACGGAAAUGGGGAGCUGUCUGUUAAAUGCAUGAGGCAAGCGCUUAACCAGGCAGAGUAGGAGCCGUUGGUUUUAUAAAAGGUUCUGAGUGUAUGUCACAUGUAUGACAAUGCAUACAGAGACAGCCUGCAAGGAAACACACCAUCUGUGAAUGGCAGUAAUCCUGGGGGACAAGGUUGGGGUCCGAGUGGAUUACAAAGGACUCAUUUUAUAAAUUGUGUAUUUUAUAAUACUUGAAGUUUUUGAAAUGAGCAUUUCAUAAUUUAAAAAAAUUUAAAGUCAAUGUUUUGUACUAUUUGAAUUUUUACAUUUAUUGUAUAAUCAGAAAAAGCAAUAAAGAUUUUUAUUAAAUA